AUGUUCAAGAAAGAUCUCUCCGCGGGCGCUAAGUCCAAAGUCAAGUCGUCGGUUCAGCGGGGCAUCCGCGCCAAAGUACUCGAGACGUACCCAAAACUCGAACCGCAUAUUGAAGAGAUUAUGCCCAAGAAGAGUCAACUCGAUCUUGUCAAACUACCGGACCGAGUAUCCCUGUACGUUCUCGACGACCGACCCCUCUUCUACCAGCACAUGGACGACCCGAUCAUUCCUCACCUCAAGAUUGUCCAUCAAUACCCUCACGCCUUCAAGACAAUAGGGAUCGACCGGGGAGCCAUCCGCUUCGUACUAUCCGGCGCCACGCUCAUGGUGCCCGGUCUCACCUCCCCUGGCGGCCGACUUCCCGACGCCGACGAGGAAGCAAAAGCAGGUGAUAUAGUCGCAAUAGCCGCCGAGGGAAAGACCGAGAUCUGCCUCAUUGGGCAACUGGAGAUGGGCACGGAAGAGAUGAAGAAGGCCAAGAAAGGCGUCGCCAUGGCCGCCGGCCACUAUCUGGGCGACGGCCUGUGGAAGAUGGAUCUAAGCUGA